CCCAAAUACAGCAGCUGCUGCCGGACCCUGGGACAGACAAAGGGCUUCAGCCACAUUCCACCACCAGCCCCAGCGGAGGGAGCCGGGCCCAGCUACCAGGUGCCUUGCCUGAAGCUCUGGCUCAUCCUGAACUGUACCAUGGCCUUCUCUGAGCUCAUGGACCGAGUGGGCAGCAAGGGCCCCUUCCAGUUCCUGAACACGAUCUUGCUCAGCCUCCCAAUCCUCGGCCUGGCCAACCACUACCUGCUGCAGAUCUUCACAGCUACCACGCCGGACCACCACUGUCGCCCGCCCCCCAACGCCUCCACAGGGCCCUGGGUGCUCCCCAAGGGCCUGAAUGGGAAGGCUGAGAAGUGCCUCCGUUUCAUCCAUCCGCCCAACGCCACCGUGCCCAAUGACACCCAGGGGGCCACCGAGCCGUGCCUGGACGGCUGGGCCUAUGACCUCAGCACCGCGGACUCCAUUGUGACUGAGUGGGACUUGGUGUGUGAGUCCAGAAGACUGAAGGAGGUGGCCCAGUCUGUCUUCAUGGCGGGUACAUUGAUUGGAGGGAUCGUGCUAGGAGACCUGUCAGACAGGUUUGGCCGCAAGCCCAUCCUGACCUGCAGCUACCUGUUGUUGGCAGCCAGUGGUUCGGGUGCAGCCUUCAGCCCCAACGUCUCCAUCUACAUGGUCUUCCGCUUCCUGUGUGGCUGGAGCAUCUCAGGCAUUGUCCUGAGCACCGUGAUCUUGAAUGUCGAGUGCCUGUCCAUCCAGAUGCGGGCCAUCAUGUCAACUUUAACAGGUUACUUCUAUACCUGUGGCCAGUUUGUUCUGCCUGGCCUGGCCUAUGCCAUCCCCCAGUGGCGCUGGCUACAGUUAACCGUGUCCAUUCCCUUCUUCGCCUUCUUCCUGUUGUCCUGGUGGAUACCAGAGUCUGUACGCUGGAUGGUCCUCUCUGGAAAAUUCUCAAAGGCCCUGAAAAUACUCCGGCAGAUAGCUGCCCUCAAUGGCAAGAAGGAAGAAGGAAAAAAACUCAGCGUGGAGGAGCUCAAAUUGAUCAUGCAGAAGGAGAUCUCCUUGGCCAAGGCCAAGUACAGCAUAGCUGACCUGUUCCGGACACCCAACAUGCGCCGUGUGACCUGUUGUCUUUCUCUGGCCUGGUUUUCCACCGGUUUUGGCUACUACAGUCUGGCUAUGGGUGUGGAAGAAUUUGGAGUCAACCUCUACAUCCUCCAGCUCAUCUUUGGUGGGGUCGACAUCCCAGCCAAGUUCAUCACUGUCCUCUCUAUAAACUAUCUAGGCCGACACGUCACCCAGGCCAGUUCUCUACUCCUGGCAGGAGGGUCCAUCUUGGCUAUCAUCUUUGUGCCCUCAGACUUGCAGACCCUGAGGACAGUACUGGCUGUGUUUGGGAAGGGCUGCCUGUCCAGCUCCUUCAGCUGCCUGUUCCUCUACACGACCGAGCUAUACCCCACAGUCAUCCGGCAAACAGGUAUGGGCAUAAGCAACUUGUGGACCCGUGCAGGAAGCAUGUCAGCCCCGCUGGUGAAAAUCACAGGGGAGUUGCAGCCCUUCAUCCCCAGUAUUAUAUUUGGGACCGUCACCCUCCUUGGAGGCAGUGCCGCCUACUUCCUGCCUGAGACCCUCAAUCGGCCCUUGCCAGAGACUAUCCAAGACAUGGAAACCUGGUCCUGGCGGGCAAAAAAAACAAAGCAGGAACCAGAAGCAGAAAAAGCAUCCCAGAGGAUCCCUCUGCAGUCUUGUGGACCGGGCCUGGACCCCAGCUGAGGGCAACAGAACGCCCUUCCCCUGCCCUCCAGAAAUGAAUCUUAGCCAGG